CCGACCCCGAGCGUCUUCCGUCAUUUCCGGCGCUUCAAGGGUGGUUCCGGUAGUCUUCGUAAACCUUGGAAGUAGUAAUUUAAGCAAUGCCCAUUUAAUUAAUUGAUUUGCGAACACGAAGAAAGCUCGGCGGAUAAUUUGUGAGCCAUAAAUUAAAAGCCCUUGAUUUUUACGUUGAGAAAUCUUAAUGUACUUUACUUUUAACCUUUAACCUGAGGCUGGGGGCAUCGGAGAGAAACGCCUCCGUCUCUAUAUAAGGCAUUUCCGUCCUCGUUGCGGGCCUUUUUCCCUCCUGGCGCUCGGCAGCGACUGUCUGCGCUUCUCUUUUACUCCGCUGCCGCCUAGUUCCCUGUGAGUCGUCGCCAUGGGUUUUGGAGACCUGAAAAGCCCCGCAGGCCUCCAGGUGCUCAACGACUACUUGGCGGACAAGAGCUACAUCGAAGGGUAUGUGCCGUCACAAGCAGAUGUGGCAGUAUUUGAAGCAGUCUCCGGCCCACCACCUGCUGACUUGUGUCAUGCCCUACGUUGGUAUAAUCACAUCAAAUCUUACGAAAAGGAAAAGGCCAGCCUGCCAGGAGUGAAGAAAGCUUUGGGCAAGUAUGGCCCUGCUAAUGUGGAGGACACCACAGAAAGUGGAGCUACAGAUAGUAAAGAUGAUGAUGACAUUGAUCUCUUUGGAUCUGAUGAUGAGGAGGAAAGUGAAGAAGCCAGGAGGCUAAGAGAAGAACGCCUUGCACAGUAUGAGUCAAAGAAAGCCAAAAAACCAGCACUUGUUGCCAAGUCUUCCAUCUUAUUAGAUGUGAAACCUUGGGAUGAUGAGACAGAUAUGGCAAAACUAGAGGAGUGCGUCAGAAGCAUUCAAGCAGAUGGCUUAGUCUGGGGCUCUUCUAAACUAGUUCCGGUGGGGUAUGGAAUUAAAAAACUUCAAAUACAGUGUGUAGUUGAAGACGAUAAAGUUGGAACGGAUAUGCUGGAGGAGCAGAUCACUGCUUUUGACGAGUAUGUGCAAUCUAUGGACGUGGCUGCAUUCAACAAGAUCUAAAAUCCAUCGUGGAUCAGUGAUCUUAAAUAAAAGCUUGAAAGACA